UAAUACCGGUAGUACAUGAUGUAGUGGAUUCAGAAGAAUCCCAACAAAGACUUGGCUGAAUCGUGAUCUGUUGUCAUGGUUGUGCGGUUAUCAUGAUGUUUAUAAGCCCCUCAACCUUUGGACAUCAUCAGCAGAUUAGUGUUUUUUAUGUAACAGGACACAGUAAUGCUCUUUGAGAAAACCAAAGUGAGCUGAGGGGGCGGAACGCCAGAUCGCAUGCAUAUGAUGUGCUGAUGACAGGCACGCUAAGUUAAUGUGUGUCCAGCCGGCCGGGGAUUCGUACGUUUGACUUCUCCUUGCUAUAAGUACUAUUACAACUAGCACUUAGUUAACAGGAAGGGCUCCUCAUUUCUGUACCGUGUCCCGUCCCCUUUCUGCACCGCUAAAAUGGCCAAUAGUCAUUUAAGAUACCAGGACAAGGUUGCAUUAGUUACUGGAGGAUCUAAAGGCAUCGGAGAAGGAGUUGUGCGAGAAUUUGUCAAGGCAGGUGCGAAAGUUGCUUUCUGUGCGAGAGGGGUUGAGAUCGGCAAAGCUCUUGAGGUGGAACUUAAUAAUGCUGGGCCUGGGGAAUGCUUCUUCAUUCAGUGCGAUGUCCAAAAGGAAGAUGAAAUUAAGAGAACAGUUGAACAGACAGUGGAGAGGUACAAGAGACUAGAUUGUUUAGUCAACAAUGCUGGAUGGCAUCCCCCGGAGGAGAAGAUUGAUGACAUCACAGUGGACCAUUUCAAGUGGCUGGUUAACUUCAAUCUCGUCAACUAUUUUACCUUCAGCAAGUACGCUUUACCUCACCUCCGAAAGACCAAGGGAAACAUCAUUAACAUGUCUAGUCUGGUGGCUAAAAUUGGGCAGACUCACGCCGUGUCUUACGUCACUACAAAGGGAGGCAUCGACGCCAUGACCAGAGCUAUGGCUGUGGACGAGGCCCAGUAUGAAGUACGUGUCAACAGUGUCUCCCCAGGCAAUAUUUGGACACCCCUGUGGGAUGGCUUGUCCAAGGCCUCUGCCAACACGGAGGCAAUGAUUAAGGGAGGAGCUGAGGCACAGCUGAUUGGUCGGUUUGGCACCCUGGAGGAAUCGGGUAAGAUGUGCCUGUUCAUCGCUGCCGAAGCCACCUUCUGUACCGGCAAUGAUUUCCUGUUGUCAGCAGGGGCGGAGCUAAACUACGGCUGCAAGACACGAAUGAAGGAGCGUAGCAAUAUCUAUGAGUAAUUAAACUAUGGAGUCCCAGUGAUCCACUUUACUCGGUGGCAGAUUGUAAACCUGCAGUCUGAUGUUCAAAUGAAAUUUAAUCAAAGAUUAAUAUCCAUUGAUACAGUUUGAUUUCUUUGGGAGCAAAAUAUGACAUAUUUGGAGCUGAAAGCUUCAAAGUCAAGCAAUGAAAUCAGGCAAAGCCAGAGAUGGAGGCAGAGACGAAAGCUGGCAAAAUCUCCCGAAGAGCUUUAAAGAUUCGUGGUGGGGUUUCCUGCUUUUAAAUCUGGGAUGAGGAGAGCUGCAGUUCAGCCAAGCUGCCAAAAAAAUUAGCUUGCCAUUCAUAAUUUUUACAAACUCGAUGUAAACAUUUCAAAAAGGACUUCAUGCCUACUGAAAAAAUAGUGCUGCAAGAUUUUAAUAUCUAUGUUUCCCUUUAAAAACUUUGUGUAUAUUGUUUUUAAGUUCAGUCACUUUAAUUCAAUCAUCUGAGAUUGAAAUGAGUGUGUCGAAAUGUUUGUUUAAAAUAUAUAUUAACCUUGCCAAAUUUCAAAUCAACAUCAGAGAUGAGUCUGUCAGAUUGAGUUUGUUUAAUAAUUGAUUUUGACCAAUUCAUCCUCGGAGAUGAAUCUGUCAGCUUUUUUAUAAUUGAUUUUGACCUCAUCAGUCGCCAAACAUGUUUUACCACUAACAUCCAACAGUACUACUGUGUCAGAAAUAUGCAAAUACAUGCAAAUAUGCAAGCUUUACCAAAUUUGUGGUCAUAUCUCAUUCACAGAAAAGCUCAUGAUUGGUCAGGGUGAUAUUUACUUUUCCUUGUAUUUGUGCUGUAUCCCUUCCAGCAGUUAUUUUGUACAUAAGGUCAUAUUAGGCCAAAUAAUUUGAACACUGGAGAAAUAUAGUGUCAUUUGAAAUUGCGAGUUUGGUUUUUCAUAGUCCGGCUGGAUAACUUUUGUAAGGGAAAGUUAACAGUUUUGAACAGGAGAAAUUUGUGUGCUUACUAGCGACAAAACAAGAAACAGUUUUGACGCUUUUUGUUGAAAGUUUAUAAUCAUUUUAUUAACGAAGAAAAGGUUUGAUUAGCAUGUAUUUUACCCGUAUUUUAUAAUUCUUUAGAUUUGAUCAAUGGUACAGCAGUCUCUUCAGGUUAUGAAGCCGAGGAAGGAUUUUAAGCAAAGUUUUUGCAAGAAAUAAUAAUGUGUCAAAUGUCAAGAUCUUUUAAGGGGUAUUUAGCCUCAGGUUAAGGAGUUUGAGACUCAUCUUCCUGGCUCUACCAAAUUUGACUUUUUCUUUAAAAUAUUCUGAAUUUUUAUAGCCUAUGUUCUUAUUUUGUGUAGAAUUAGUAAUAAAAAUCUGGCAUACACCA